AUCAUUAUCAUCAACAUCAUCAUAACAUGAUUGUCACAAUUUUGACUUGUUCAUCCUAAUUACAAUACUUUUGAAGGCAAUUUUAAUCAAAUAGUUUCGUUGGAUUCAAAAAAUAUGCGCUAAAUGAAUCUUACCAAUUCAAUCUUGUUUUUCAUCUUCAUCUUCAUCAUUUCUGCAAUCGCGGAUCAACGAUUUGACGAUUGCGCUCCAAUCAAAUCAUCAUGUGGCUCCAAAUUCCAAAUCGCAUAUCCAUUUUGGGACAGCAGAAUCCCAAAUUAUUGCGGCCAUCCAUCUUUCAUGGUAGAAUGUGAAAACGAUUCAUCCCUCACAAUCACCAUUAACAAUCAACAAUACACAGUUUUAGACAUCAAUUACUCUAAAAACGUUCUCACAAUUUCAAAAUUACAAUUCUCAAAGGGUCCAUGUCCGCCAAAACAGAAUCAAUUAGUCAACUCAACUUUCGACACCAAAUUGUUUACCUACACUUCGAAUACUCAACACGCAACACUUUACUACGAUUGUCAAACCUUCAAAUUAGGUUCAAAUCCAAUAUUUGGAUUCUCUUGUUCGUUUAGUUCAUCUGGUAAUACGUAUGAUGGAAGUUCUUCCGGUUUUCACACCGAUCUUGGUUUUAUGGCGAUUAAUACAACGGAUGAAUCAAUUCGAAAAUACUGCCAAUUUAGGGUAGAAAUUCCGAUCCUCAAGAGUAUGGCCUUACAACUUGUUAAUGGUCAAUCGAAUAUCCAGAAUGUGUUGAAAAAGGGAUUUGAGCUGAAAUGGAGGAUCGAGGAUGAUGGAUUAUGUGAAGAUUGUUCGAAAUCUGGGGGAAGAUGUGGAUAUGAUAAUAAAUUGAAACAACCUACUUGUUUUUGUGAAAAUGAAGCAGAUGGUUCUAAUUGUAAGGCGCUUAAUGCUACUUCAAAUUCUGCUGCAGCGGCUGGUAAGAAGUCUGCCAGGAUUACACCAAUUGCUUUAGGUGUAGGAAUUGGGGUCAGUACACUUUUGAGUGGCCUUUUGUGCAUCUUUUUAUAUCGAUGGCGUCAUAAAAAGAAUGCUUCCAAAGAAUUCCUGAGUCACAAUUCAUAUGGCUCAUCCAAUGGUGCAUCAAUUUUCCCAUUUUUACAGGGGAGUACCUAUUUUGGUGUCAAUGUGUUCAAUUAUAGAGAACUUGAAGAAGCCACCGACUACUUUAAUCCCUUAAAGGAACUAGGAGAAGGAGGAUUUGGCGCAGUUUACCAUGGCAAGCUUCAAGACGGACGCGAGGUAGCAAUCAAACGCCUAUACAAAAACAACAACAAACGAGCAGAGCAGUUUCUAAAUGAGGUUGAAAUACUUGCUAAUCUACGCCACAAAAACCUAGUCAAUCUAUAUGGUUGCACAUCCCGGCAAAGUAGAGAGCUUUUACUCGUGUACGAGUUUAUUCCAAAUGGCACAGUCGCGGAUCAUCUUCAUGGAAAAAAGAGCAAACUUGGGUUACUCCCUUGGUCGACAAGACUAAGCAUCGCCACAGAAACAGCAAGCGCCCUGGUUUACCUUCAUGAUUCAGACAUCAUUCACCGCGAUGUCAAGACACAAAACAUCCUUCUUUGCAAUGACUUUUCGGUUAAGGUAGCGGACUUUGGCCUUUCUCGUUUAUUCCCAUUAGAUGUCACUCAUGUAUCGACAGCCCCUCAAGGCACCCCUGGCUACGUAGACCCUGAAUAUCAUCAGUGUUAUCAGCUUACGGAAAAAAGUGAUGUUUAUAGCUUUGGCGUUGUAUUAGCUGAACUUAUAUCUUCUCUGCCUGCUGUCGAUAUCACAAGGCACAGAACGGACAUCAAUUUAUCGAACAUGGCGAUUAACAAGAUCCAAAACCAUGUUCUACACGAGUUCGUUGAUCCUUCUCUUGGGUAUCAGUCGGAUUUUAAGGUACAGAAGGAACUAACAGAAGUCGCGGAACUCACUUUUCAUUGCUUGAAAAGUACAAAAGAAAUGAGACCAACUAUGAAUGAAGUUUAUAAUAGAUUGUUAAGUAUACAAGAUGAGCAAGAAAGUGAAAUGGAUAGUGCAGAAGUAGUAGAUAUUCCUGCUGAUGAUGUCUUAAUGUUAAAGGGUGAUUUUUCUCCUGCUUCACCACAAAGAGAAGAAUAUCAUUUGGUUACAUGUUAUAAACCUUAUGCUAGUGUUUGAUCUAUGCUUCAUGAUCUUAAAUACUACUCAUUGAUAGUAAUUAUUUUGUAUAGCUAAUAUAAUAAAGACAUCGAUGUUAUGUGAUCUAUCUCUUUCUGUUUGUUUGAGUUUGCACUGUUAGACUCAAAUAUAUAUGAGUUUUUUGGGUCA